UGGUGAUCUGUCUUGCUUGUCUCUCAUAGCGGCGGAAUGAAAGGUUUUUUCUUUUUCUCUAAUUCAGAAGCUCCUCUUUCAAAUGUCCGAGUCUGGUUUUCCAAGCCGACAGAACCCCUCCCACCAACCCACAACAACAGGCAACAGCACAAGUACAACACGAAGAUAAGAGGGAGCAAAAAGAGAGAGAAACACAAGCAGCGCCAUUAUUCCCUUCACUGAUGAUUGGUCGUCACGGCAUUGCCGCUCCGUCUACACCAUCCGUGAGAACUGUUUUUUCUGCACACCAAAUUUCUCUCGGAUGCUCUGUUUGAUGCUCUCUGCCCGUUCUCUCUCUCUCCCCCUCCCUUCCUCCUUUUCCUUCCCACGCCGUCACUAAUUCUUUCAUAGACGUCUCCAUUUCUUUGGAGGUAUCGUGUUCUUGCUUCGCUCUAAUCUUCCUCCUUGUUCAUGACUACAAGGUUCUGGUACGCACGACCGUGACUGUCUGAAGAUGAUAGAGGAUGGGAGGCUGCUGGAACGUCCUUUUUUUUUCCCCCCCUCGAACGGCAGCAUUUGGUUGGUUGAAGAGACCUUUACGAAUGGGAACUAAGAUCAAAGGAUUCUUAAAAGGGAUCAAAUACAUAUCACAGAUUUUUGUCUACAAAGAACAUGAAAUGGAAAUAGGGUAUCCUACUGAUGUGAGACAUGUGGUGCAUGUAGAUUUGGACGACCCAUCCGUGACUCCUCCUAGUUGGAUGAAGGAGUUCAAGACAGCCCCUGAAUUUUCUUCAACCUCAUUGGCGAAUUUUGGACAAAGGGAUAUGGUGUCUUGGGCUUCUAGUGACUUUCAGACGCCUGAGGAGCUACUUCAACAAGGCCCUGACAUACCUGUCGGCUCUCCCCCGCGCGAAACCCCGAGGAAGACAUCCAGGCGCAAGAGAUCCAAGGACUCUUCAGCAACAAGAUCAUCUAAACCUCCCAAGCAGAAAACUUCCAAUGCGGAUAAGCAGAUGUAGACGUUCAUGGAGGCUAAUGAAAACUGCAGUUAUCCUAUGUCCUCCUCUAUUCCUUGGUCGUUCUCGCCUCACAUGAAAAAAAAAAAAAGAACAGUUGAUCGGUUUAAGUGGUAGUGGCUGUUCGUGGAUUCCUGACUUGAAGACAAAAAAUGGAAUUUGGACAGAUUACCAUCUGUAAAGUAACUUAAUUUUUUCGUUAUUUAUUUAAUUGGGCAGUGUAACAACUUCAAGACAUAAACGGUGUGGCAUUAGUGUCGUCCUUGCA